AUGAAAAAUGAAAAACUCAAAUCGUCAUCGGAUCAACAAGUUUUUAAUUUAUCAAAAAUUGAUUUAAAUAACAAGGAAUUGAUUAAAGCUCUGGAGAGAUUACCAACUACAGAACAAUUCAUGACAAAUGUAAAGCAAAAUAAUAUUGAAUUUAUAAUUCCGGAUUUGAGAAGUAUUCAUAAUGUGGUGAAGGAAUUAUUGCCCAAACCAAACAAGGGAUUGUGGGAACCACAGUUUAAUUUGGAUCCAUUCAUAUUGUCCUAUAUGGCUUUGUUAUAUCAGAAUAGGGAUAAGAAGAAUCAACAAGAAAAGGAUCAACAAUCUGGUAAACAAGAAGAAGGAAACAAUGUAGAGGCUAAGCCUUCGGAGGACAAGAAGGAAGAUACUACACCACAGAGAAUUUCAAAGUUGUAG